UUUUUUUUUUUUGAUAGCAUCAUGGAGAAACAUACCCUUCCUUAUAGACAAUUAUUCAUUCUAUGUGCUUGUCGAUUUGCCGAACCGAUCUGUUUUACUGUCAUCUUCCCAUUUAUUGUUUCAAUGGUCCGUGACUUUAAGAUUGCCAAAGAAGAAGAUAUCGGUUACUAUAUUGGGUUUAUUACUGCCUCUUUUGCCUUGUCUCAACUUUUGACUGGUAUUCAUUGGGGUAUCUUAUCAGAUAAGAUUGGUCGACGACCUGUGAUUUUGUGUGGGAUGGUUGGUACUAUUGUUAGUAUUACAUUGUUUGGAUUAUCUAAAUCCUAUAUAUGGGCUCUUCUUUCUCGAAGUGUUUGUGGAUUAUUGAAUGGAAAUGUCGGUGUAUUGAAAUCAAUGAUGGGUGAACUCACAAUCACAUCUCCUCCCGAUCAAAAAACUCGAGCUUUCUCUUUAUUACCUCUGAUGUAUGGUCUUGGCUCCAUCAUUGGUCCAAUAUUAGGAGGCUUUUUGUCCCACCCUGUUGAAUUGUAUCCUGGUAUUUUUGAUCAUCGUGGCGCUUUGACUGAUUUUUUGGUGGAAUAUCCUUACUUUUUACCUUGUUUUUUAUCGGCUUCUAUCUGUAGUGUUGGUCUUGUGGUUGGAUUUUUCUUUUUGGAAGAAACGUUGGGUGGAGUGCAUCUACAAAAAAAGAAACAAGGCGAACAACAACCUUUAUUGGAAGAUACAGGGUCGGAUCGGUAUCUAGCAGUUGAUCAACACAAAGGAAUAAAGGAAUCAGAUCCUCCCACGCUGAAAGAAGCUCUCACACCUACUGUUUGGGCCAUUUCUAUUUCCUUUGCCAUUCUUGCUUUCCAAGUGGUAUAUUGUGAAGAAUUGUUUCCUAUUUGGACAGCAAGUCAAAGAUCUUUUGGUGGACUAGGGUUUACGGCCAAUGAAAUUGGAACGGCAUUAGCAGUAGCUGGCUGUACUACCAUGGUAACUCAACUGUUUAUCUUACCUAGCUUGGUACGUCGAUUUGGUUUUGUACGAUUAUAUCGAUUUACUCUCUUCAGCUUGAUCUUUGUUUACUUUGCUCAUAGUCUGGUUCGACAUUUAUACAACGUACCUGAUUGGCAAGGACAUGUAGGUACAAAAUAUUGGGUUUGGAUAGGUCUUUUCACUGUAGUGAUUCUCAAAACCAUGUGUCAAACCACCGCCUUUACUACUUCUACCUUGUUGGUCAAUAACUGUGCUCCUUUGAGAAGUUUAGGAACUAUCAAUGGCUUCACACAAUGUUGUGCUUCUUUAAUGAGAGCUAUGGGACCUGCUACAUGUGGUAUCGUAUGGUCACAAUCAGUUGCAGCUACAUGGAUCCCCUUCGAAAUCCGAACUUACAUUCCUUGGUUCUCUUUAUCUAUCAUUGCCUGGAUCACAUUUUAUACAAGUCAGCGUCUGGAUGCAUCCAAAUACGAAACUGCACAAGGUCAAGAGGUCGUGGAUCUUAUUGAUGAUCAACAAAGUGAUGAUACUGUGUAGGUCAACACGUUUAGUCUAGUUUUUUUUUUUUAUAUUAUUCCUUUUUUUUGUAGUAUAUAUCCCCACAAAUAGAAAAAGUCGUAUAUAGACAUGUUUAAUAAACAACAAAUCUUUCUUUAUAUGGA